GAAUUAGUAGGUGUUCUAAAACUUUUGACCAGUAGUGUAUGUAUUUAUAUUCAGGUCUCUGGUCAGGAAGCUAAUUUCCUGCAAUUCUAUCCAUUAUGCCAUGGGGUUUUGUUCUGUGUACUUAAAUACUGUAUUCUCAACAUAGCUCAUUCUAAUAUAUCUACUGAUAUACAUAUCAUUCUUAGUAUAUAUUGUGUAAAUGCAUCUGGUGUAAAUAUGUACAGAUUACACAUGGACUGAUGUUAAUUAGAUUCGAUCUGACAUUUCUUGUAGUAUUUUGUUAUUUAUUAUUAUCUGGUGUUUUUCAUUUUACUGCAGUGUUAGUAGCUAGUAACAUAAGCACUUCGCUCUGCUCAACUGUGUACGCGACCAAUAACCUUUGAUUUGUGUGUGACAUGUCUUGACAUCGACUGUCUGCUAUUAUCAACAGAACCACUAGAGGGCAGUCCUGCCCGCAUAGGCUUGUGAUUAUAUGCCGUGGUGAAAGUCCUAAAAAUAAGACUCGGUUCUGGAUUACUGAUCCACUGAUCUGACCAUUUGCUGUAGAAUGGGACCCUCAAACCACAAGACUUUACUUAAGAGGCUGAGUUAGCUGUCCUGUCUUUGGAUGGACCCUCAUCUUAUUGGCUACCCAUUAUUGGCCACCCGAAUGGGUGUGGUCGUAGUGGAGGAAACUGAUGAGAGCGACCAAUGGUAUGAAGACUUCCAGUGUUGGCUCUCCUCAGGUGAGAGGGGCCCCCAGUCCAGCCCUGUCACCCCCCACCGCAACCCUGUGACCCCUCAGCCCAGCCCUGUGUCAUCAGAAGGGGACGAACCUGGACAAGGGAGGAAGGUGUCUUUCUUUGAUGAUGUCACUGUCUAUGUGUUUGAUCAGGAGAGUCCCACCAGGGAGCUACAAAGUCACUGGCCAGAGACCAACAGCAAAGAGACCAAGGGUCAAUCUCCAAUACCAAUUUACAGACACACACCUGAGACCAAUGAUCAAGCCCCAAUCCCGCCCUGCAGCUAUGUCAACCAUCUACCUCACAUGGCAACCUCAGGGGUCUGCUUAAAGGACAAUGGUCAUGGUUUAGAAUGGGAGGAUGACUUCUCCUUCUUGGACAGCUCCCUCAAAACCAAGAUGGCCGAUCACCAUCUAAUAAUAUCAGAAUCCAGUAUAUUUUCCGUAUCCCCCCACCAGACCUCCACAUCCUCACACCAGAGGUGGAGUGGUCCAUCCACCCAUGCCUGCUCACAGUUGAGACCUUCUAGUCUGGUCCUCACCCACGUCACUGAUGCUGACCUGGAGCAGUAAGCCCAGUAUCCGCCACUGGGGAUGAGGAGAUGGAGGCCUAACAGCGUGUUUGCUGAAGGAAGACAAUGUGAUGGAAGACAAAUCUCCAGAUAAACAGAAGAACAGAAGAGCUCAACAGUGGGACCUUGCUGUUUCACCACUAGUAAACACUACACAUACUCCCUUUACAUUCUAUGGGCCUGACUACGGGUCCAACUGCAGGGGUGAUAAACCAUCCCUUUUCAGGCUACUGUACCACCAAGAGUCAGUUGUUUACCUUUCAGGGCUGUGCCUGUCUCCCAAUAAGGAUUAGCCUACGACACGUUAACAAUAACAGAGGGCUCUGAUGAUCAGAACAUAGCAAUGGUGACCUGAUAAUCCUACAUUGAAUAAAUGGGUUCCAACAAUGGGAAUCUCUUGAUUCACUCGUAAAGUAUUUGACCGCCUGCAUAUUUAAAAUGUAAGAACAUUUUCAUCAAGUUUUUCAUCAGCUAACUACUGUACUGAUAAGAGCUUGAUGUUGAAAAUAAAACAUUUCUGCAGUCUUCA